AAACCGAAACUCUUCAGUUGCUCGAUGUCCACGAAGCGUUAAGCCUCUAUGCUGCGACGGUCUAAAUGACAGUUUACGUAUGCUGCAUGUGAUUUUUGACUUGGUGUUUGUAAUGAAACUUUUGUGACAGUGCAGUGACGUUUGUCUUUUUGGAUUACCGCCUUUUCAGUCGUUCCUGUCGCUGUUUUCGGACGUCACCAUAGCCGCUGACAUGGUAUCACGCCGCAAAAUACUGUCGAGAUCGAGGGAUGAACUUAACAUGGAGUCGACGUUUCAACCCCCUGAAGAUGAAGAAGACGUUUGGUACCAAAAAGACAAAUUGUACAAGGAUCACAUACAGGAAGUGUUGGAAAAGUGGACGCAAAUCGACGAUGAAAUAUGGGCGAAAGUAAUCGUUCUGGAAAGAAACAGAAGGGUGGCAAAGGCCUACGCGCGAGCCCCAGUUCUGACGGUCAAUGAUUCUGAUGACGGAUUUGAUGGUUUCCGGAUUGGUUUGUGUGGCUUUGACAAUCCAAUGAGAGACCAGAAAACAGAAGAAUUCAAACGGCACAUUGGCCACGGUGUUAAAAUUAAAAUGGACGACGCUGGCAAUAUUCUAAUCAAGAGAAUAUCGAAGUGUAACGUUUACAUCAAAAACGUAGGCAAGGAUGAAGAAAAUGCGGUGGGAAACGAAAUUCUGAAGAUGCCAAAUUGUGCGCUAGAACCAGACAAACCCGUAAAAUUAUUUGACAUGAAAAAGUUCCAGUCCAACGUAAAUCGUGAGUUACGAAGGGCGUAUCCCGAUCGUAGGAGGUUAGAAUGUCAGUGUUUGAGCUCCAUAGCCUUUGUCAAGUCAGAACCAGAACUUCUGGAAUGUCCCAUUUGGGUCCUGAUCAUAAAUAUCGUCGCCAUGGACAUGCUGAAAUCAAAAUUACCUCCAGUUCAACGCGUUAUGGACAUCAAAAAUCGACCAAGAAUACCCAUUCCAGAUGAAGACCCCUACAGCAUCGCUGGCAACGGUAGCGGAUCAUCGGGAAGUUCUGGCUUUGCAGGUGGAAGCGUGGCAGCCACAAGAGACCAACUUCUCAUGCAAAGCCAACAACUUGCUCAGAGGCGUAGCGAAAAACCACCAAAACUACCACCCCGUGAAAAUAUGUACCCACAUGACAUACCUAAGCCCGAUUAUGACGACCAUGUGUCCGACAGUAGAAGACCUAAGCCUUUCUCUACGUCAAGGGGCAAGGAAAAAUCAAAGGACAACAAAAAAUAUGAUGAUCCCUACUACUGCGGGUUACGAGCCAGAGUGCCAAAUUUCGUAUCAAAAUCAAAAGCAAAAGAAACCGUCCCUUCGAAAAGAUUCUCAGUCAGUCAGCAACAAGGACCACUGCCCCAACAAAUCAUGCUUCACCCCCACAACCACAUGAAUACUCACAGCAUGCACCCUAGAGCCUUGUGGCACGCCAGAAGUUACGAGAGCGGAAUAGACUCGGAGUCGGUGGAGUCGCCGUACAACCAAAUCUAUGGCCGGCUGCCUAUUCCAACACGGGGUUACAUUCCCAGCCAGUCCCGUACUAUGUAUAUUGGGGAGUGGGACUAAAACCUGUAAAUAAAAGACAUCCAGUAGCUAAAUAUCAUAACAGUACUCAUUUUUAAUAGUACCUUUCAUCCCAUAGAUGAAUUUAAGUAAUGUUUCAUAGAAGACGUAAGCGGCAGAUAUGUAUCAAUAUGCAAUACUAGUUUAAAAAAAGUACCGAUACUGCCAAUUCUAGACUUUCUAUUAUGUAUUUGUUCAUACAGAACUAGAAGCUAAGCUAUUUGUACCACUACCCAUAGAACACUAGAAUUAUAUAUAUACAUUGUAGUUAACCUUUGAUAUCUAUUUUUUUAUUUUUACAUGACAUAUGAUAUAUUGUAAAUUUUUUAGCUUGUCUAUGUGUAUAUAUUUCGAAUGAAAAAUGUGAUAACACUUGUACAUCAUUUGAAUGAUAUAUAGCAAUGAAUAUAUUAUAAUUUAAGAUUUUUGUAAAUUUAAUUGUUAAUUUGUAAAUUAUACUUU